AUGUUUCGCUUGUUUGGUCCUGCUGGCAACUGGCAGGAAAGAACACCGCCCCCUAGGAUGCCAGCAGACGCUGUUACCGAGUUGUCUGAUGAUGAGCCGGCCCCGAAAGCCAAAACAGCGCCCAAGUCAGUGGCAAAGCCAAAAGCUAAGGGCAAAACCAAAGCCGGGGCAAAGGCUUUGCCCCAAAAAAAACCAGCAGCCGAAAACCCGAGUGAACCUGCCGCGCUGCCUGAGGCGCCUACUGCAGAAGACUUUAAGGUAGACCCACUGCCCGUUGAACCAAAGCCGAUGAAGCGCCCAGCCGCAGCCCCAAAAGCAGGAACUUCAAAGAAGCCGGCAACUGGAAAUGAAGGCCCAAUCCGGUGUUACAAAUACCCGUAUCACAAACAGAAGGGGCCUUUGAAAUGGGGACUCAAACUCAAAGGUCAAGGCGAACAAUUCACGGCCUGGUGCUUGGGCUGGUUGUUUGUGACAUUUUGUCAGAACUUUAGUCUUCGUCAGGCCAGUCAUCAAAGAAAGUUCCAAUGA